AUGAUGGAACAAGAUAACGUUGCCGUAGACAACGUCUAUAGCGACGAAGAAGAAGAAGAUGAUGAUGAUGGUGAAGAUGAGGAUAAUGACGUUAGCGAUGAUGGUGAUGAUGAUGAUGAUCAAUAUGAUGAUGAUGACUAUAGCGAUGAUAUUGAGGAUGAUGACUAUAGCGAUGAUAAUGAUGGUGGGGAUGAUGAUGAUGAAACUGAUGAUCAAUAUAAGGAUAAUGAUGGUGGUGAUGAUGAAAGUAAUGAUGAUGGUAAUAUUGAUGAUGAUCGUGUUGCUGAUGGUGACUAUGAUGAAGAUAGAUUCAAUGCUUAA